AUGAUGAGACCACCGAUGUACAUUCGUUUCGUGAUGCCUAAUGCGCCGUACCCUUAUUCUUCACCCGAAGAAAAGCUUGGGAAAAUUGAUGGGCCAGAUGGUUCACCUGGCGAGUCGUUUUCUCUCGUGUUUCAAGGCCAGAGAAGAGCGCGAGCAACGUUAGAAAUCCAGGUGGUUGAUGUGAAUGACAAUCCACCACAAUUUGUCAAUCCACCCGCAGUAAUCAGCGUGUCAGAGAAUGCGUCGGUCGGCUUCGCCAUCACCAAGCUACACACCAGAGACGCCGAUACUGGAAUUUCUGCUAUGGCACGGUUCACUGUCGAUAACGAUAUGUUUACGAUUGAUAAAGCCAGAUGUAAUGGAAAGGAAUGCUUUACAACGUUGCGAUUGGCAAAGAAACUUGACUUUGAAAGUCAACGAAUACAUCAUGUGAUGGUAACGGCCGAAGAUGGUAAUCCGCUAUCAAACCGGACGCUAUCUACAACACAUGUGAUAGCUAUUCAUGUGACGGACGAGAACGAAUAUUCCAUUGAAGAAAACGAUUACUUGGCGGUCGAUCCAGACAGUGGAGCUGUAGAGCUGAAGAAACUUCCACUUCCUGGCAGUCUGAUACAGCUCAAGGUUACGGCAAAGGAGGAAGGGGAACACGGAAUGGAAACAGUGGAGGAACUGCGUUUUCGAGCUCAACCCACAGAAGCUCCAAAAUCGCAGGUGACUGGAGAGCUCUGUAAUGGCAAAGUGUAUUUGGCUACGAUCAAAGAAGGAGAAUCGGAUUUUGAGGAACCACUGGUGAUCCGAUUGUCGAAGCCAACGGAUCCGAAUUCACUUCACGUUGAAGGUGGCUUUUCUGCAUUCGGUGUCGAUACCGCAGCCAGCACGAACGUGGACAUCAGAGUCAUCCCAGUGGACGUUGCUGUAAUAGAUUACGAAAAGCGAAAGGAAUUCGAGCUCUACGUGACCUCACCAUAUGGGCGUUGUCAAAUCAACGUUGAAGUGAUAGACGUUAACGAUAAUGCGCCGAAAUGCGAUCACGACACAUUUACAUUCUACGUCACGGAAAAUCACAAACCCACCGUCUUGGGAGAAGUGACGGCGACUGAUGCCGAUUCUGCCAUCGACCCAUCAAUCACCUACAGUAUUUAUGGAGAAGGUGCAGAGCUGUUCGCCAUCUCGGAAGAAGGCGAAUUCCGAUCACUGGUUCCCAUUGAUCGGGAGGAACAUGAUAUGUUCGAGCUCACAGUGCGAGCGACCGAUACUGGAGGUAAGUGGGUGGAUUGCAUUGGUAAGGUGGUCGUCCGAGACAUCAAUGACAACACCCCAACUUUUGAACAUUCCGAGUACCUAAUUGAAAUCGAUGAAGAGAAGACCUUGAAGCAAAAACUUGAGGCCCACGAUCCUGAUAUUGGUGAGAAUGGUGAGAUAGUUUACACUUUGGAGAAUGUACCCCAAGGCUUAGCCGUCGAUGCAUCGGCUGGAAUUCUAUUUAUUGGCAAGCUGGAUCGUGAUACUAUGGAAAAUGACACGGUUCGGUUAGUGUUACGCGCUACGGAUCGUGGGCAACCGCCACGGACGUCUGUGACCAAUAUCACCAUCAAAGUCAAGGUCAUCGGAGCGGUGCGAGCCGAUGACGCCGAUGCUACUGCUCCAAACAAUGCAAUACGAUACGUCUCUGAUGACCCACGUUUCAGAAUCAGUGAUAGCGGAGAAGUGAUCUAUACAGGCGAGGGUGUCCUGAGUAAGGACACCUCAGCUGAGUUCCGUGUUUUUGCGGUCGAUGGUGGUGAUCCACCGCACAACUCUUCUGCCAUUGUGGUAAUCAACGAACAUAUGUCUUCUAUGCAAAGUGAACACACCGCACAGAUCAUGCACAACGAAACAGCACAGAGACGGGAAAUCAUAUGGCCGAAUGUUGGUAUGACAGGCUACACUUACGAGAUUUUAAGUGCAACGACGGAUGGAUUUCCAGACGACGAAGUAAAAGAGUGGCUGGAGAUUGACAAGAACACGGGAAGGAUCCACACAAGAAAGCAUCCUCUGCCAGUGAAAGUGAAACAGAUUCAUCUCUAUAUAAGUAUGAGAAAGGGAAAACGGGAAGUUCCAGUGGAGCUGAUCAUAAACGUUGUGGACACUUCCGACUCUGCACCGUUCUUCAACAAGAAAAGCUUCAAAGCAGUUGUCUCUGAAGAUUCCCGUAUUGGGUCACGACUACUCCAAGUGAAAGCCGAUGCCGAUGGGGAAAGCCCUUUGAAGUACUCUUUAGAGAGCACUUCGGGACCCAUCGAUCUCCUAGAAAUCGAUGACGAAGGCUUCAUAAUGAACAAAGCAAAACUCGACUUUGAGAGUUAUCGAAAAUUGGAGGGACGAGUUAUCGCAACAGAUAGAGACGGAAAUAAAGCAUUCACUAACUUUGCAAUCCUUCUCACUGACGCCAAUGAUAACAGACCGGUAUUCGUCAAUGGAUCAGUCUUCACCACGCAAAUCGAUGAGUCCGCUGAAAUCGGAACCGUACUGGAGCUACCGUAUCCACUUGCACGGGACGGAGAUGACGGGGUGUUUGCUCGACUUCUUUAUGCUCUGGUUGGCGAUGAUGGUCACUUCACGAUUAACAGAAGUACAUCUGAAAUCUCUUUGGUGAAGAAAUUGGACUAUGAAGCUCAGCGUUCGCAUUCUCUUACAGUCCGUUGUGUAGACAAUGCUGGGGAAGAGCCGUUUAACGAAGUUUUCGCAUCGGUGACCGUACUCGUCCGCGACGUAAACGAUAAUCCACCCGUUAUUCAUAAUUCUGAUCUUAGCCGACUUACCGUAUCCGCUGACACGCCUAUCAAUACUUCGAUUACGGUACUGAGUGUUAGCGAUGCUGACGAAGGCGGAAAGCAGUCCGUCUCAUUGGAUGCAAAUCAUACCCUCUUCCGAAUAACCGAUAAGCGCCAAUUAGUUAUCGCUGGUCAAAUGGAAGAAUACGCUGGAGAACGGCUCUGCUCAAAUAUCGUGGCUACCGACUCUGGCUCACCGCCUCUUUCGGUAUCCUACCCUUAUUGCGUUACCGUCUAUCCGGCGUCCAACAACCACAACAGCCCACUAAUUGUGUAUCCUAAGCCUGAGUCCAUCCACUAUUUCGAUGAGAAUGAGCAAUACGACGAGUUGCUGCGUGUCAAGGUGCUCGAGGAGGAGAGAAUGAAUGAAGUAUCCUACAAGUUCGAUGAGACUUUCAAAAAAGACUGGGAGCGCUUUUCACUGAACUCCUCUGGAUCUCUUACGAGUGAGGUUCCGUUUGAUUUUGAAAAGAAACCUGUCUACGAACUGAUGAUCCUGGCGUGUCGUCAUACAAACUGCUCUUCUGUGCACAUCUUUAUCUCUGUCAAUGAUCGAAAUGAUAACUGCCCCGUUUUCAGUCAAAAGGAUAUCCAUCUGUCAGUAUUAGAAAAUGACCGCUCAUUCCUUCCUCGAAAAAUUGGUCACGUUCCAGCAGCCGUCGACGCUGAUUUUCAUGCCGACCAUACAAAGGUCUGCUACACAACUGACUCUCUACUUUUCUUCUUCGUGAACGAGACUCUCCCCGUUCUGUACACAAAUCAAAGCUUUGACAGGGAACAAAACGAGGAAAUACGAUUCAAUGUCAUCGCCUAUGAUUGCCAGCUAGCAUGUCAUGAUCCCAAAAAGCCAGUGAAUGGGACAAUCGUUGUGGUUAUCACGAUUGACGAUGUCAACGACAAUUUCCCGAAGUUCACUGAGAAGUCCUACCAUGCCACUGUUGUCCAGGGACAGGCAUCUCCAGGCAGCCACUUGGCAAAAGUACAUGCAACUGAUCCAGAUGAGGAGAAACAAGGUCUCCGAUAUGCUAUAUCAGGAGCUGUAAGAACUCCUAGACAGAGCUACGGAGCUUCGAAAUCUCCCAUUUCCAUCGACGCAAAGACGGGAGUUUUGACCGCAGUUGAAGCGCUACGUGAAACGUCCUACUCGUUCACCGUGAUCGUUACUGAUGGCGCUGGCCAUGAGGAUUCGGCAAAUGUUAUUAUCUCGGUAGUCGCAUAUUCGCAACAGUCCGAGUUGUUAUUCGAUGCCCCAUACGAUUUCAUCAAGCGAAAUCAGAAGAAUAUUGAAAGGCUGCUAUCGAACGCCAGUUCGCUGACUGCCGUCGUUGAUCGAUGUCGUCAAAAUUCGAAUUUCACAGUUAUUCUGGCCCAUUUUCUAGAUCGCAAUGGAGAAUUCGUUGCAGUGGAGAGAGCAAUGAGAAGAUUGAUGUCUUCGAAUAGUACCUCUCGUCGCGAACUUCAUAAUGCUUACGGCCUACGCGACGUUGAUACGGUGAAUAUCAGUGGGCCAAAGGCUCUGGAAGUCAUUAUUUUUGGUGUUUUGAUAGCCGUGGUGAUACUGUUAAUGCUCUGCAUCUGUCUGUACUGUCGCCAACGACAUUCCUACGCUCGCAAACUGCGGCACAUUGCCGCUCAAGCGGCUGCUCAUCAUGCUUCGAUCAGUCGCCAGCCAACACAGAAAAUCAACCCCUACUACACCACUGUAGCCGCUUCGGCCACCGUUCGUGCAGCAGCCCAUCCACCACCUCCCACUCAACCACCGCUUCAAUCAACCGAGCUGUGA